CGUAAACACACACUCGCGCCUGACACGGAGAGUCCCAUCACUUGGAUAUUAGCUGAUACAUCUGCCGGAAUAGCGAAUAUCCUGCUGACGGAAGCGCUGAAGUGGUGAAGCGGCAGACUGAUGCCAGAGCAGGUGAAGUGAAAACACUGUGACUGUGAGACACUCAAGAACCCAGAACUCAGGGAUAUGUCCAGUAACUCCGGAAGAGGUCAUGGGGGACUUAACCAACUAGGUGGAAUGUUUGUUAACGGACGUCCACUACCGGAGGUCAUCCGGCAGCGCAUCGUCGACAUGGCCCACCAGGGGGUCCGGCCCUGUGACAUCUCCCGGCAGCUCAGAGUCAGCCACGGCUGCGUCAGCAAGAUCCUGGGACGUUACUACGAGACUGGCAGCAUCAAGCCCGGGGUGAUCGGAGGUUCCAAGCCUAAGGUGGCCACUCCCAAGGUGGUAGAGAAGAUUGCAGAGUACAAGAGGCAGAACCCCACCAUGUUUGCUUGGGAGAUUAGGGACCGACUGCUGGCGGAGGGGGUGUGUGACAGCGACACAGUGCCCAGCGUGAGCUCCAUCAACAGAAUAAUUCGAACUAAAGUCCAGCAGCCCUUCAACCUGCCAGUGGAUGGAAAAGGCCUGAGCCCAGGACACACCUUAAUUCCCAGUUCGGCUGUCACUCCACCUGAAUCCCCUCAUUCGGACUCGUUGGGCUCCACAUACUCCAUCAAUGGUCUGUUGGGGAUCCCCCAGCCCAGCACGGACGGGAAGAGGAGCCAUGAUGACAGUGACCAAGAGAGUUGUCGGCACAGCGUGGACUCCCAGGGAAGCAGCGGCGUCCCCAGAAAAACCAUGAGAGUGGAUCACUUCUCUUCAGCCACACAGCACCUGGACUGUGGGUUCGAUCGGCAUCACUACCCCCCUGACUCCUUCAGCUCUGCCUCCGGCAGCAAACAGGAGCAGACGCUCUACCCAUUGUCCCUUAUCAACGGCAGCUUAGAGGAGGCCAAAACCAGCCUCUCAUCUUCCAGCUCCGCCAUCGGACGGAACCUCCACCAAAGUUACGCCAUGGUGACCGACUCCCUACAGUCCCUGCCGCUCUGUUUGAAACAGGAAAUGUCCCCAGAGGUUACGAGCACCAGUCCCUCGCCAAACAUGGCAACGCCCAACCUGGCCUUUCUGGAGAUGCCGGCGCUGCAGAAGCCAGUCAGCAGCAGCUGCAGCAACUCCAACCACCAUUUCACCAACGCCUUUAACUCAUUCUCCCAUCAUACACCUGUGUACGGCCAGUUCAGCAGUCAGUCAAUCAUCUCAGGCCGAGACAUGGUGAGCUCCACCCUCCCCGGCUACCCGCCUCACAUCCCCUCACCUGCCCAGACCGGGUACUCCUCCUCGGCCAUCAGCGGCAUGGUAGCAGGUGCAGAAUACCCCAGUCAGACCUACAGCCACUCGCCCUACAGCUCCUACAGCGAAGCAUGGAGGUUCACCAACUCCAGCAUCCUCGGUUCACCCUACUACUACAGCACGGCGUCACGUACGGCGCCACCAUCAGCCGCCUACGACCACCUCUAGUCUCAGCUGCGAUCGGGUCUCACCUGAUAUGAACUCCACAGUUGACCCUUGCGUCCGGUCGCCGCUCAUUAUUUAUUCGUUUUUUUUGGAUUCCCUCCACGGUCCAGGGUGACGUUUACACAUCAGCAAACUCCCAGAAGCCUUAUUUCCACACGGUGCACAUACACUCGCAUCUUCAAGCAGUUUGGGCCAAAGACUUUGUUUGUCAGACAUCCAUAGCACGACGCCAGUGGACUUGGGAUAUGCAACUUUGUACUGAACUAUGCCUGCUUCUGUUUACGAUGUUUUCUUUUUGUCGUUCAAUUGAAAAUAUUGUGAUUCUCAAUGAGUGUCUGCUUGCAAAAACUGAUUGUUUGACUUGCUUUCUCUCCAGAUGACUAGACCCCUGCCGGGCCUCUCGGUGCCCUCAUGUAACCCCUGAGGAUGAUGUAUCUGUUUAGCAAUAUGUAAAUAUUGUAAAUGACUGAUGACUUAUAGAAGAGUGAUGCAGUUAAACUCAGAGGGGGACAGCGACCAGGCUCAAAAACUAACUGCUAUUCCAUUGACUUUCAUUUGUUGUCAUGCUGGUGUUCUAA